UUGUUUUGAUGUCUUUGUAGAUGCCUAUCCAGUACACAGGCCACAGGCUCUUAGCUUACACCUCUCCAUUUUCAUGUGGCCUUCAUGUAUCUUCUGGAGACGCUCUCUCUCUUUUAUUUUGGGUAUGAUUAUUCUGGAUCCAGCCAGCACCACCAUCUAACGAAAUGUCACCUCUGAUAGACCAGUAUGACCUUACUGCUGGCUGUGUGUGUUAUAUCUUAUCAGACCAUCGACUUGCUGAGAGAGCACCUGUAACUCUUCGUCUUUGCUGGUCUCAUUGCUAAUUCGACUCCGUUUUGGUGGUGUUGCAUUCACUAGGUGAUGGAUCUUGAUACCUAGAUCUCGCAUAUCUCCUGCGGGAAUAACAGAGACAGGGCAUGUACGAGCACCAUUUCUCUUCCUUGCUUGGAUUUCGGAGUGAAAUUGUAACUCUGAAGCCUCAAGGGUAACCUCUGCAGUCUUGCUGAUGCUCUACACGGAUUUUUCUUGUAGAUCUGCUCCAGUGGUCGAUGAUCAGCCUUCAUUAUGAACUUUCUCUCAUUGAAAUAUAAAUGGAAUUUCUCACAUUCAUACACAACCAGCAAAAGCUCUCUUUCCACAUUGGCAUACCUUGUCCCAGCUGAUGUUAGGACUUUGGAUGUGAAUGCUAUUAGCUUUUCAUCUCGUACCAGGGCUGCUCCCAGUCCUUUUGUAGAAGCAUCUACUUAUAGAGCGACAGGUUUCUCUCUGUUGUAGUAUGACAGACUUUUCUUCUUGCAAACGACUUCUUUGAGUUUGUUGAAAUUCCUCUCAACAUCUCUCAUCAGCUCUCAUAGGUUUGCUGUGUGUUCUGACGUGGGGUAUGAAAGAGCUCAUGUUUGGGAUUGAACCAAGGAAACAUCAUAGCUCUUUAUUUCCGCUUGGAGCUUCCAUUUCUAAGAUGGUUGUGACCUUUUCAGGACUUUGCUUGACUCUGUCAGAUGUAUGUACACCAUUUCGAAGAAUUGGCAUUUUGUCACUUUCAUAAUGCGUUUAACUGUGUUUAGCUUGAUCCCAGCUUACCUGGUUCUCUCCAUGGCUUCAUGUAGAUGAUAGCCAUGAUCUUUUUCAUCCAAAGAUUUGGAUAUCAUCAGCAAUGCCAACUGCUCCUUUACAUCCUCUGUAUGUCUCGCCUAUUUUCUGCUGAAACACACCCUAGCUCACUUUAAGGCCGAAAGGUAGAUGCAGGAAUUUGUACCGUCCAAAGUUUGUGUUGCAUGUUGUCAACAGCAAAGAUUCCUAAUCAAACUUCACAUUCUAGUAGCCAUUUCUGGCAUCAAGCUUGCUGAAAACCUUUGCCUCUGCUAGUGUGAUCUCUUCCAGUGUUGGGAGUUGGGCUAGUGAUUCCUCUUUAUUGUUUAAGAUCUUUGGGACAAAUUCGUAGCCGUCCAUUUGGCUUCUCUCUCACCACAAUGGAAUUUACCCAAUCUGUAGGUUGUAUGACACUGGCAGUCACCAUCUGUCCUUUCACCUCCUGGAGCUCUCCUUUUAGUUCUGUUGGUACUUUAUGUGGGCGAUGAAUCACUGGUUUCAUCGCUGGGUCAAUAAUGAUGUGAUACUCAAAAUCUUCAAAGCAUCCAACCAUCUCAUCAAAACACUCCGGAUACGUUGGGACUAGGUCUUUCUUGCUUCUGAUUGGAGGACACUUUUCAAUGGGUGUACUACCUUCAACCCUCUGAUCCUUCCUUCAUCUUAUGGUUUACUAAGAUCGGCUGCAAGUCUUUGCAGCUGCUCAACUCCAGGGUAGCAUCUAUCUAUUUCAGUAACAUAGAGCAUACAGUUAAAAUUAUUUCCUUUGUGUGUUCCUCUGAUUUGGAUUGUUCCUAGCUGUCGAAUCUCAAUUAGCAUGACAUUGCUCGGUUUCAGAGCAUCUUUCUUUGGGUAAUCGUUUUCUUUCAAAUUUUCCGAAAGAUCUCCUGGUAUAGUCUGAGGGGGAUGAUGUUACUCUGAGCUCCAGCAUUGAGCUUUAGUUUCAGAGUUAUGGUUGUGGGCUUAUUUCUCACUCUCUUUCUGAUUUGAAUUGAUGUGUGAAUUUCUUUUCUUUGGGAAGUGUCACAUUCGGACAUUUCAUGCAGUUGUAUGGCUCCUAUGUCUAUUAUAUUUUGAAACACUUUGCCAUCUUCCAGGGUAUGAAUGUUUUGGUUCCUUUUCCGUCUCAUUCAUCCUGUUGCUCUGUCUCUGAUAACUCCUUUACCAUCUUCUUUCCUUGUCCUGCAUAUCUUCUCCCAGUGAUUGGGCUUUCCACAAGCUCUGCAGGUUGAUCCAUAUGUUGGACAAUUCCUUCUCUGUGAACUCAUGUCCACAGCUCAUGCACAUUUUUCUCUCUGUCUAUUGUGGGGUUUUUUUUUGCUGUUUCACUGCAUCAGCCCUGUUGCCUUUCCUUUGAUUUAACUGAAGGCUAGAUAUUUGGGUAGCCUGGGUCCACAUCUGUCUACUCGUGGCUUCAUGUGCUCUGGCAGAGUCUACAGCCUGCCUUAUUAUAAGCUUGUCCUUUCCAGUCAGAUCUUUUUAUACUUCAGGAUGUGCAGAGCCCUAAAUGAGCUGAUCUAGUAGCUUUGCGCCUGUUUCCUUGACUUUACACUUUCUGGCUACAUUUUUCAAUCUCCCUUAGAAAUGUCAGCAGGUUCACCUGGUUCUUUUCUCAGGCUUUGAAAUUCAUAAUCAAUGGAUCCAAUGAUUUGACUUUGGCUGGAGACAUGUGUUGAAUUUCUCAAAGAGCUGUACUUGAAUGACUCAGUCCCCUACUUGGACCAGCCCCCCACAGCACUGGAAUUGCAGCGUAGCUGGCUGUGUCCCAACAAGCCCUUCAUAGUGCGAAAUGCUAUCAGUCACUGGCCAGCAGUCUCCAAAUGGACAGCUUCCUACCUUAGAGAAAUGGUUGGAAAGCAGAUGGUGAGCGUGGCAGUGACCCCCAACGGCUACGCUGAUGCUGUUCAUGAGGGCCGGUUUGUGAUGCCCGAGGAGCGGCGAAUGCCAUUCGCGGAUUUUCUGGACAUCAUCGAGAGGAAGCGGACUGCGAGCGGAGUGUUCUAUGUGCAGAAGCAGUGCUCGAACCUGACAGAGGAGUUUCCGCAGCUCCUGCCGGAUAUAGAUCCCCACAUCCUGUGGAUGAGUGAAGCCCUUGGGAAGGUGCCUGAUGCAGUAAAUUUCUGGCUGGGGGAGUCGGCUGCAGUGACCUCCUUGCAUAAAGAUCACUAUGAGAACAUGUACUGCGUGGUUUCUGGAGAGAAGCACUUUAUUCUCCUCCCUCCCACUGACAGACCCUUUAUUCCAUAUGAAUUCUUCCAGCCUGCAACAUAUAAGGUGAAUGAAGAUGGUUCCUUUGAUGUGAUAGACUUGCAGAAUGCAGAGAAGGUGAAGUGCCAAAGAAACAUUCCACCUGAGGUAGUUGGUGGGACUGUGGACACUGCUUUCCUUCUUCCCUUCGUUUGUAUCCCAACUUCAAACACAUCCUCUCAACAGUUUCAGGUACCUUGGAUUCCUCUUGACCCCCUGAACCCUGACUUCGGUCUUUACCCUGAAUAUUCUCAUGCAAGGCCUCUCUACUGCACAGUGAGAGCAGGCGAGAUGCUGUACCUCCCCUCUCUGUGGUUCCACCAUGUCCAGCAGUCACAUGGCUGCAUUGCAGUGAAUUUCUGGUAUGACAUGGAGUACGACAUCAAGUACAAUUACUUCCAGUUUCUGGACUCUAUAACAAAAGCAAUGAAUACAGUGUGAUUAACCCAGUCAAAGUUCCAGAACAGUUCAGGUAGAGACAAACCGGGAUCCAGACUUCAUGAACUCCUCCGUAUAAAUUCAGCCAAGACUACGUGAACUGCACCAGAAAUACUGUUGACACAUGGGCUGGGCUUUUUACUACGUGCCUUAUAGGUCACUGUGUGACCACAGCAAAUGAUGCACGUUUGUUUUCACUUUGAUGAGACAAUGCCAGUUACCAAGAGCAAAUCAUUGUUACAACUGCAGGGUUCAUUUUUCAUUACUAUAUAACUAAUUAUGUGCUAGUAACUCAAUGUAUAUAGACCAGACCUUGUGUUUACAUGUACAAUUUCCCAGGUUCGAAUGGAUAAAUGUGGUGACAUGGAAUGAACACAAAUCUGCUGCUCCCCAAAUGGAGAUGUAUGAGGUGGUUUUGAAGGUGGUACAUUUUGUUCUGAAUCAUUUCAAGGCACUUAACAUAGUUAUUAACCUAGUUCAUCAGGUAGACUGGUAAAGCAGUGACUUGGGCAUAUUCUUCAAUGUUGGCUCCACACAAACUGCAAAACUCCCAUUGUUAAUGAUAAUCCACAUCAGCAACUCACCAAGCCGCCUCCAGCAGCACCUGCCAAACCUGCCUCUACCACCAGAAGACGGAUGGGUACAUUACUACCUGCAGUUUCACCUCCAAGCCACACACCAUCCUGACUUGGAACUAUAUCUCUGUUCCUUCACUGUCACUGGGUCAAAAUCCUGGAACCCUGGGAGUGUACCUAAAGCAGGUGGACUGCAGCGGUUCAAGAAAAGGCUCACCACCACCUUUUCAAGCGCAGUUACGGAUGGACAACAGAAGUUGGCCUAGCCAGUGACGCUCACAUCCCAUGAAAGGAUUAAAAAAAAAUCAUGGUUUGAAUAAGAUGGUUGAACUGUUUAACAAAUAAUCAUCCCAUGUGGAACACUACUUCAUGGCCAUUCAGGCUACACCUGCCUUGUGAUGUUAAAUGGUUGUGUAGCUUUCAGGAAGGUGCAGGUGGCUAGCAACUCAGGAACACAAGGUCCUAACUGUGUAUCAGGCAACGUCUAGUAAGCACAGGCAGAACGUUUUACUCUACCUCACUAAUUGCAAUAAACAGAGCAUAAAGAAUGGUGAACAGCGGUAAAUGAACUUCAUUCUGCACGUCAGGCUGAUGGACGCAGAGUAAAAUAGUAUUGCGGGAUAACCUGGAUAUUCCUGUUUUCCAACAUAUACCUUGUAUUUGUUGUAUAAUAAAAUAUCCAUAUGGUGAA